CAAGGCUCGGUCGGCAGCGGACCGAGGUCACGCUGAGCGGCAGAUAUAAAUAUAGGAGCUCAGGAAGAAGCCAAGCCCUGAUAUGCUACUCCAUACUCCCAACGACAAUGCCUGCCAGAACAUCUGUACAGACGUUCCCCGUGGCCUACGCAAAUCGCUGCCCUGAUGCCGCGCCGACCCCUUCGUCAAGCAUCGUCAAAGGUGGCUCACUGCAUCUGCGUGGUGGCACAUUGACCGUCAAACCAGUGCUCAAAUUCGCCAAUGGUGCCUUCGGAGCAGAGGUGGAAGGUAUAGACUGGGAUGUAGCACAGCUCGACGAGAGCCUCGUAGCUGAUCUGAUCAAGCUCCAGAACACCUACGCCGUCCUGAUCUUUCGCAAGACUGGUCUGGAUAAUGCACGUCACAUCAGCUUUACCCGCCAGCUGGGCCCUGAGCUGGAGGUGAACCCCUUCUAUCAUGGUAUCGAAAACGAUCGUCUACAAGAGCCGCUCUUGUUCGAUGUCAGCAACAUGAAUCAAGAUGGCACACUAAUCGAGAAAGACAGUCGUAGGUGGCAUCAUUCCCUCGGCAAUGCACUCUGGCACACCGAUUCUAGCUACCACCAGAAGCGAUCCAAGUAUUCGCUCCUCCUCAGUCAUGGCAACGUCAGUCCUGGAGGGUUCACUCACUUCGCAGACACGCGCCAAGCAUAUGAAGACCUUCCAGAGUCCAUGAAAGCCAGCUUGGAAGACCUCGUUGUCGAGCACGACCUUUGGUGGUCCCGAAAGCUGGGAUCACCCGCAGUUUACAGCGAGCCGCUCCCUUCAGAGCGGGCCAAGAAGCCUCCUGCGUAUCACAAGCUCGUUCAGGUUGGCCCUGAUGGCCGCAAGACAUUGUAUCUUGCUGCGCACGCUAAGCAAAUCGUGGGCCGAUCCCUCGAAGAGAGUCAAAAGCUCAUCUGGGAGCUCAUCGAUCAUUGCACUCAGCCACAGUACGUCUUCAGUAUGGAGUGGAUUCAAGGAGGAGACAUGGUGUGGUGGGACAAUCGUCAGUCUCUACACAGGGCGAACCCAUACAAGGAGGGUAUGUCAAAGCGGGAUGUAAGACGCUCGACUGUCAUCGAUGACGGACCACUGGCUUUCGGCUGUCCACGCGACACUUCCACUCCUGUCACUGAUGUUUAGCUGCCAUCAUGGAUAAUACAAUAAGUCAACGCACAUAGAUGAUAAAGGAUUCUCAUUGAAGAUUUCAAAUUGUACUGAUGAAAGGGCGACAGAGGACUUGUGCAUCUAAAGGAGUCUAAAGGAGAUAUGCUUCUGUAGGAAAUGUGCGUCUAAAGGAGAUGUGCUUCUAAGGAGACGUGCUUCUAAAGGAGAUGUGCGUACACUAUUGUGGAGCCAAGGAUGCCUCAAGGUCCAUCAUUUCUACGAGCUUUGCCCAGAAUGCUUCCCCAU